AUGGACAGAGAUAUAGCUAAAUACGAUUUAGAAUCAAGUUCAAGUGUUGAUGUGAAGAAAAAGGGAAAUAAUAACAAGAGUGUUUUUGAAAAGAUAAAACCAUUCGCUGUAGGAGGAGCGAGUGGUAUGUUUGCAACAUUUUGUAUCCAGCCAUUAGAUAUGGUAAAAGUAAGAAUUCAAUUAAAUGCUGAAGGAAAAAAUACAGUUAAGAAUCCAUUUGUAGUUGCUAAGAAUAUAAUAAAGAAUGAAGGAUUUUUGUCAUUAUAUAAAGGAUUAGAUGCUGGUUUAACUCGUCAAAUUAUUUAUACAACAGGUCGAUUAGGAUUAUUUCGUACUUUUUCAGAUAUGGUAAAAAAAGAAGGUGAACCUUUACCUUUUUAUAAAAAAUGUUUUUGUGCUUUAGCUGCUGGUGGAUUAGGAGCUUUUAUUGGAAAUCCUGCAGAUUUAUCUUUAAUUAGAUUACAAGCUGAUAAUACAUUACCAAAAGAAUUAAAAAGAAAUUAUACUGGUGUGUUUAAUGCAUUAUAUAGAAUUUCAAAAGAAGAAGGAUUAUUUGCUCUAUGGAAAGGUUCUGUCCCAACUAUAGCUAGAGCUAUGUCAUUAAAUUUAGGAAUGCUUUCUACAUAUGAUCAAUCUAAAGAAUUUUUACAAAAAUAUCUUGGUGUUGGUAUGAAAACUAAUCUAGUUGCUAGUGUUAUUAGUGGCUUUUUUGCGGUCACUUUAAGUUUACCUUUUGAUUUUGUUAAAACGUGCAUGCAAAAAAUGAAAGCAGAUCCUGUUACUAAAAAAAUGCCUUAUAAAAAUAUGUUAGAUUGUUCUAUUCAAUUAUAUAAAAAAGGAGGUAUCUCUAUUUUCUAUUCAAGUUAUGCUACUUAUUAUGUUCGUAUCGCACCACAUGCUAUGAUUACACUUAUAACUGUUGAUUAUCUAAAUAAUCUUUUAAAAAAAUAUUCGUAA